GCGCGGGAUCGGCCGGAGGAGGAGGAAGAAGGAGAGGAAGGAAGGCGGGCGGGAGGAGGAUGAAGAGCACGGCGCCCCGCAGCACUUUGCGGAAAAUUUUAAAGAAGCACAAGCCGCAGUUACGCCUGGCGGCGAACGCCGACCUGCUGGUUCAUUUGAAUUUCUUAUUGUUUCUCCGUCGGCUAGCAGAAGAAGCCAGGACAAAUGCUUUUGAGAACAAAAGUAAAAUAAUAAAACCUGAGCACACCAUAUUUGCAGCGAAGGUUAUUUUAAAGAAAAGCAGAGGCUAGAAAACAGACCACUGGAAUUUUAAAACACAUUUUUCAAUGUUUUCUGACUAACUUGAGUUAUACCGUGAGCCAGCUUUAGCACUUUUGGAACUUGUGUAGUUUUGUUGACAUCUAUCUCCUGACUGACUAUCUUGCUGUUUCUUUAAAAAAAAAAUUAAAAAAAACUUAAAUUGUAUAUUUUCAUACACUUCAUGCAUAAUUUGAAUUUAUGUGUGUCACUUGUCA